GUAAGACAGAUAGGAGGUCUCUUCCUGAGUUGAGCUGUGUGUGACUGAGACUCUUCUCUGCUUCUCCUCCUCGCAGAAUAUGGAGUAAAACCUCAACGCUGAAGGGUUUCUCUUUGGGAAGAGCUGAGCCACAUUAAAGAUGAGCGACCAGGACAGCAGCAGCUCCUCCUCCUCUCAGACAGAGGGAGAGUUGGAUGAAGAGACGAACGGAGAGGUGGAGAAAGAAGAAGAGAGGGAUGAAAAACACAGAGGCAGUCCGACUCCGAGCCUGUCCAGCUUCUCCUCGUCUCUGCGCGCCGUCAUCCGGAUCAAACAGAAGUACCAGGCCAUGAAGAAGAGACGGCAGGAGAUGACUCUGGCUCUGAACGGAGCCGGGACGUUUACAGGUGCUCCAGUCAGAACCAGCCCCAAAAUCUUCACCUUUGACGGAGUCACCCCUGCAGCCUUCUCCUCCCUGUCAUCCUCAGCUCCUCAGAGGAAGAAGAAGAGGAGGAGGAAGAGGGUUUUGUUUCCUAACAGAGGAGGGUGCAGGAGUCCACCAAAGCAGGAGCGCAGCAGAGCCAAAUACUGCCUCUACCUGCUGUUUGCCAUCGUUUUUGUACAGGUGUAUAACGCCAUAGAGAACCUGGACGACCACGUUCUGCGGUAUGACCUGGAGGGUUUGGAGAAGACUCUGAGGAGGGAGGUGUUUGGACAGCAGGGGGCAGUGGAGGGUCUGCUAGCCCACCUGAAGGACUACCUGUCCACUUAUGUCCACAAUAAACCUCUAGUGGUAUCCCUGCACGGCCCCAGCGGUGUUGGAAAGAGCCACCUGGGACGACUGCUGGCAGGACACUUCCGCUCCGUGGUCGGGGAGACGCUUGUGCUUCAGUACUACGUCCUGCAUCACUGCCCCCUGGAGGCUGACGCGCCGAGGUGCGCCCGUGACCUCUCCACUGUCAUCUCGGAGAUGGUGGAGCGAGCCGAGGAGGAAGAGAAGAUCCCGCUCUUCAUCUUCGACGAGGCCGAGCACAUGCAUGAUGAGAUCCUGGACGCUCUGUGGCAGCUGGUCGCCUCCAAACAGUCCAAUGAGUACCUAAACGCCGUCUACCUGUUCCUGAGCAACCUGGGGCACACGCACAUCACCAAACACAUGCUGCACAACUCUUCAAGCGUUUCUACGGCUGCACAAAGCCGCUUAGUCAAAGAGCUGACUCCUAUUCUCAGAAACACGCUGGAGAAGCUGCACCAGCUGUGGACGGAGGCGGAUAUCUUACCUCUGGGCCUCCUGGAGAAAAGCCACGUGAUGGAGUGUUUCCUGGAUGAAAUAACUCGAGAGGGUUUCUACCCGGAUCACACCAACAUCGAGCGCCUCGCGGGGGAGAUUGAAUAUUAUCCCGCGGUAGGGGAGCAUGAAUAUUCCCAGACUGGCUGCAAACAAGUGGUGGCAAAGGUCAACCUGCUGUGAAGUGUUUGGAUGUUUCACAUUCUCUGAACCAUGAAGAAAGACAGAGAAGACUUAGAGAGCUUACAUGCUUACUACACUUGAAUGACAAAACUGGGGGCCAAAGCUUUCAUAAGCUGUUAUGUAAUAACGUUAAACAAAAAACAAUCUGAACGCUGUGGUGAGAAUAUCCUGUGAAGUUUGACAAAGUCCACAUCCUUUUACUACAAAAACUUCUACCCUGGAGCUGAAUCUUCUUUUCUUACUGGGGAAAUAAAAGUUUUAAAGCAGCUCCAGCGGGUCUUUCCUGCCUGUACAGAUGCGAAAGAGCUUAUUUCUGCCACCAGCAAGCUCAGAUAUUUAUUAAAAACUCUGACAGAAAGGCUUUUUGUUGAAGUAAGAUCCCUUUUUAAAAGAUGCAAGCUUCAGACUCCAUUGACAAAAGCUAUAAUUUUACCUUGUCUGCUAUGGAGGCUCUACACAGACAUGCAAGUUAUUUACUCUGAUUUUUUUAUGAAUAAUUUUUGGUUGUUUUUGUCAGAUCUUGACUUUUUAUCGCAUAUCCCUGUAGCUGUACUACCCCAAUUCUGAAAAUGUUGGGACUUGUGUAAAAUGUGAAUGCAUACAGAAUACAAUGAAAAUCCUGAUCAACAUACAGCGUCUAUAAUCAGUAUUUACCCCGCUGGGUGUUUUAUCCUUUUUUGGGUUCUAUAAAUCAAGUGAAAUCAUAGUGAAAUGGGGAUCACCUGGGUGUGGUGAAUGUUGAGGGUCCAGUCACUGGUUGAUCAGUAUCCAUGGCUACAAUUACACCAUGAAAAGAACACUCCAAGCAACUCAGAGAAAAG